AUGGCGAUGCGAGCGGUAGGGUUGCUAAUGGUGGCCAUGACUUCAGUAGAGGCUUGGGCUCCUCUAGCAGCCUCACGCCAUCCACAUGCACCUAUCGUGCAUUCUAGACAUUCCAAUGUCUGUUCCUUGAGGGCAGUAGCAACCAAAGUGAAAACAGGCGGCAAUGACGACGACGAACAUUCCAUCGAGAGAGAAUGGCCAGACAAGAACAAGAGGCUGAAAGACUAUGUGAUUGCAGCAGCUAACCCAGGCGAUGUCCUACUCGCAGUGGGUGACUCUGUAGGCAUCAGCUUGCCCCGAGGAUGCCAGACCGGGCUGUGCGGUAGCUGUACAUGUGAUAUAGAGGAUCCUUCUUUUCCUGGCUCCCGGUCUGUGGCUCGUGCAUGUUGUACCAAGGUCUCGCUUCCUGAGGGAUGUGACGAGUUGGUUGUCGAUGUUUAUCGACUGUUGAGUUCCUCCUCUAAACCCAAGAAGGACCCGAUGGCCAGAUUCAGCAGUCUGGACGAUCCCAAGGUUGGUUUUAAGGCCAGAUGGAAUUUGCCAAGAGAUGGCCCUGAAGGGAAGGUGGAUUGUCCUGCUUGUGGGGCAAAAGGAGUUUCCAGCAAAGGAAUGAUGCCCACGGAAUGCACGGUUGGGAAAGGAUGCCCGUUUACUUCCAACUUUCUUGGUGCUUGCAACGACCUGACAAGCAGCUCCAAUUAUCAUACUGCCAGGAGGCCCUGGUCUUCGAAUCGGGGGCCGAUCUCAUGUCUGUGCGCCAUGAAAGUCAAGAUGAGACUGAGAGGAGGAGGAGCCUCAAAGGAGAAAAAGAUCCUCAACAAGAAGAGUCGCAAAAAGAAGAAAGACAUUAACUCCAAGCCUGCGAUCUCACAAGAUAGCGAGAUGUAUCAAUGGAUGCACGACCAGAGCUUGUCCCAAGGGGAUUCGGAUAGUUUGGUGCCAAGAAACGACCAGGACAAGACCAGACCCAUUCCUGACCAAUACGCUCUGGAUGAUGAGCCAGACAUUGAUGAGGAACGAGAUCGUGAGAUUGAAUUGGAAGAGGAUGAUGCGAUAAGCCACGACCGAGGUACAGCAUCAGCCUUUACUCCCAGCCUUGAGACCAACACGACAUUUGAAGGCUUGUUUCAAGGGAGCCACACAGUUGAAUUGCCAGGUCAUGGCCAUCUCACUUUAGAACAGUUCCGAGCCGAACGACUAUCCAUGGAUGAGGACGGGAAUCCCCUUCCUCCAAACGUGUUCCAGUGGCGAAAUGUGCUCGUACGGAUCGUUUGUGAUGAUAGCGGAAGGAAGAAAGCCAUACAAGACUUCGACACAGGAAGACAACUUUACAGCUAUUUGGAACCGAAGAGCGUGCACCUGAAGGGACAUCAGAACGUUUUCCUCGAUGAUUUUCCAAUCGAACGAAUACCAACGAAAGAAAGGCCAGCAGCGGAGGCGAGGUUAUCAAGGCUCAUCAAGGAUCUGUCGCGAGACGGCAUCGAGUUCGGGCCCCAUCAGGUCUUCUGGCCCUUCAUGACCUACGGACAACUCAGGUCAUACCCCGAAAGCUCGAUCGAGCUGAUUCCUACCAGGCAUGCUGGGACUGUGAUCUGGCUCCAUGACUUCGGCGGUGGUUGUGCCCAAGCGAAAUCGAUUUACAGGAGGAUUCAACGCGCAUGGCUCAAGUACAUCUUCCUCACUGCGCCUAAACGGCCGACAAACGAAACGAACCUCACAUACGCAACAAGUUGGUUUUCAACGAAGAAAGAAGGAGGGAAACUUGUCGAAGAUGUCAAUGAAUUCCAACGAAGUGUAGACUUUGUCUGCAAGAUAAUCGAUGAUGAGAUUGAACGCGGAACAAAUCCAUCGCAAAUUGUUCUCUGUGGCUUCGGACAAGGUUCAAGUGUGGCGAUCGCUGUCUCGAUGCGAAACUUCUUGAGCAAGCCGCAAGAGGACGAGAAGAAGGAGCAGGAGCAAGAGCAGGAGCAAGAGCAGGAGCAGGAGCAGGAGCAGGAAGAGGGCUCAGAGCUACAAGAAAACAAGAGGCUGAAGCAGCUCCAGGAUGACCAGCAACUGCAGGUCUGCAGCCUUGGCGGAUGUGCCGUACUGUCUGGCUGGUUCCCCGAGAGUCUGCGAGGCGUGAAGCCGGCGUGGUACGACAACCUGUUGCCAACCUUCUGGAAGGGGAAGGUGGUGGGGAAGAGACGCGGUGUUCAGAUGUUCCUUGCCCAUGGGCUCAAUGACUCAGUGGUGGACUACGAGCUGGGGAAGAGAUGCUACAAGAGGGGGAAGAAAGCUGGCUUCUCCAUGUCAAGGUUGUUCAAGUUCAACAUGGGCCAUGGGCUGUGCGACAACGAGCUGCUGGAGUUUAACUGCUGGCUGGACGACCAGCUGACAGAUACCAUCGUGUCGGUCGAAGAUUUCUUCGGCGAUGACCUGAUAGACUUCGAUGACGAUGAUGGUGAUGAGGAUCAACAAGAGGGACUAGACGACGAGAUGCUGCAAGAGCUGAAAGAUCGUUUCUCAAGGAAAGAGGACGCGGCGGUUCCUCCAGACAAAUUGUUUCUGCACG